AUGGAGCACCUGUUGUUAAAUGGAGAGGAUGUCGCGCCAGUGUCAAUACCGUACCUGGGCUCCGAAUUCGAUGGUGGCGACUUCUUCACCUUUCCGGAGCGUCAGGGGUGGGAUGUAUCCUCCUGGGAAUAUGCUGAGCCUGAGGAGAGUGGGUUCGACAUGAACGGCAGAAGCUUCGAAGAGAUGGCUGCAUUUCUCCAGAGUUGGCUCUUUUUCGGACUUCUUUCUGCCUUUCUCGGAGAUAAGUGUUCUCCGAACGACUUUAUCCGGACAGACGAAGCAGGGAACAAAUUCGUUACAACCAAGAUGCUGGAUAGGUAUCUCGAAGAGUGGAGACAGAGGAUUAAAGGAUUAAUAACGGAAGAUGAAAUUGAAACACAGGGAGAUCUGCUGGAGAGUUACCUGAUGAAAGCAAGAACGGUCAACAACACCCUCAACUUUGUAUUAUUCUACGAAUCACAGCCCUCAAAAUCGGAGCCCCUGAGACAGACACUGUUCGCGCAGAUGCUCUUGCUGGAAGCACUAUACGGGGCUACUGUGGAGGUGCUCAAAAUCCAACCCUUCAAAGACAACCUCUUCCAUGAUACAUAUCUCCGGAGGCACCUGAUCUUAUCCGGGUGGUGUACUACAACAGUAGAAUACAUGCAGUCCAAACUCCCACUGCAACUUCAAGCAUAUGCCUUGGCCGUAGGCAGUACAAGAACUCGACUAGACCAUACUGAGUGCACUCGGUACGAUCCUGGUGGAUGCAAGAAAAGCCAGAUGGGCCCCGACUUCAAACAACAGCACGUCACGUCAGGAUGCCAGUGCCCACAACUCUCAGUACCGAUAGACCAACUUGUUGAAAUCUUACGAGAAGGACUGAUCCCAGUAGUCACCAUCAAGCGGUCGGACAGUUCUGUCCAUCCCAUGGAGCUACUCGUCGACGGUCUGGAUCUCGACCACGCCAGUUUUGAAAGUUUUGGUGCUCCGUAUUUCGCUUUCAGCCAUGUUUGGUCAGACGGCCUCGGCAAUGAGUCGAGCAAUGCGCUCUAUCAAUGUCAGCUAGAGAGACUCGACCGGAUGCUCCAGUCCUUGGAAGGCGACCAAGUAACCAUCGCCAAGAGCUUCGAUACAACCGCCCGAGAUCUCGGUACUGUGGCAUUUUGGCUCGACACGCUCUGCAUCCCAGUUCAGAAAGAGCACAUAGCCUUACGACACUACUCCAUCCAGAGCAUGAACAAAAUCUACCGCAAGGCUUCUGGAACUAUCGUCAUUGAUCCAGACAUCCAGACGCUUCCCUCGGACGCGAAAUCAGUGCAAGUGUUAACUCGAGCCCUGUGCUCAAGCUGGCGGGGGCGCAUGUGGACCUACGAAGAAGCCGCACUGGCCUCACAAGUCUACCUCCCCGUGGACGGCGCGUGUCACAUGUUCCAUUCCGAGGAGGAAAUCUUCGAAUCUUCUACCGCACCUACAUCUUUGGUCGAGCUGCAGCUACUUCGGCUGUGCUGGGAGCGAUACUGCGACCUCGUCUGGGACAACCUGGCCAGCUUCUGCAUUUCGAGGAAACCGGCAAGGGCUUUCGUCCGCAUGGCCACAGCAGCCUCAAACCGGAACACCACACGGAAAGGCGACGAGACGGUCUGCUUCGCAACGUUCCUCGGACUCGAUGCUACUGAUUUGGUCAAAGCUCCGGUGAACGAUAGAAUGCCCGUCCUCCUCUCGUUGCUUCCCGCUAUCCCACCGGAGAUACUGUUUGCAUACGGCCCGCAUCUCGAACAAAAGGGCUACAGGUGGGCACCGAAGACGUUCUUGAGUCCUUUCGGGCUCCGCGAGCAUCUUCGCAUCGUCAUGCCCAAGGAGUACACUCCAAGUGAUGGGCCUUCCCCCGACGGCAGCUUUCCUGUUCCCCAGCCAUUCAUUCACACCGACAGCCUCGGCCUUGGCGUAUUUCUUUCGGGGAUCCAGUUCCAACGUGGGCUUUCCGUGACUGCUCCACUGUUGUUCUCGAUAGCGACGCAGAAUCAAGGGACGUACGUGGUGGAAGCUAUGGACUCAGGCUCCCAAGUCCCUUGGAUGCUUGAGGAUCCCAACUCCGAGACGGAAACUUUUGCGGUUCUCUUGACGGAUACUGAAUACAGCAGCGUUGGGCUUUUGGUGAAGGUUAUGGGAGAGACGGGCGACGGGAAGCUUUUGUGCAAAUGGGGAAGCAUCGUGGAGAUUACCAGCAACGAGGAAGAGAAGGGAUCAUGGAUAAGUUUGGCUGCGAAUGCUUCGUUUCAAGGGGUUCACGUUCCAUUUCAAUGGUGGGUCGUUGACUGA